AUGGUUACAUCAUACGAGCCACAAGGGGCGGUAGGAUCGAGGAAUGGAGGAGACAAGCAAGUCAAGGAGCGCGUACUGGUUCACGAUGUGGUAGAGGACCAUAGCGGCAGUGAAUAUAGUAAGAAGUCGCGAUCAUCAGAUAAGGUUUCAUGUCCAAAGUGUAAAGGACAGCAUCGUUUACCAGACUGUGAAGCGUUUCGGGCCCUGAAUGUGAAGCAGAGGUGGGAGUUUGUCAAGAUUGAAGGAGGCGACGUUGACCCACAACGUCAAAAUGAAAAUAAACGCAUUUCUGAGUCAGCUGUAUUGUUCCAUAGCCGGCCCGCUACAAAGACACUGUUCCGCUAUAUUCCAGUUACCAUUUUCGGUAAGGCGCGCAAAGUACAUACGUACGCACUAAUAGAGAUAGGCGCUGAAUGCACACUAAUAGAGAUAGGCGAACUUGAGCUGGAUGGUCCCUCCAAGCAGUUGUGUUUAAAAUGGACUGGCGAUGUGACACAAAUAGAGCAUAACUCAAAAUCAGUCUAUCUCAGCGUUUCGGCAACCGGCAAAGAGGAACAGCGCGACGCUAGCAUCACCCGCAAGUUAGAUGAAGCUAUGAAGUCGUAUUUCUCUAUAGAGUCGAUAGGCGUCAGCAUCGCAAACAAGCCAUUGAGGUCCAAAGAAGAUGAACGCUCGCUACAAAUUGUGGAGAAAACGACCAAAUACCUUUCAAGUGAAAAGCGCUGGGAGAGGGGGCUGCUGUGGAAAUUUGAUAGCGUCGAGUUACCUGACUCUUACAACAUGGCUAUCAAACGACUUAACUGUCUCGAAGCGAAGAUGGUGAAAGAUCCUCAGUUGAGCUCAUUCAUGGUGAAUACUAUGAAAAGCUACAGUGAAAAGGGCUGCAUACGUAAAUUGAGUGAAGUGACCAAUCCGAACAAGAACAAAACGCGAUUGGUGUGGGAUGCAGCAGACAAAGUACAUGGCGUAUCGCUGAACGACGUUCUGUUAAAAGGUCCCGUUCUAUUAGCUUCAGUGAUUGGCGUCGUUAUGCGUUUCCGAGAACGGAGAAUCGCGGUUACAGGAGACAUACGUGAAAUUUUCCUUCAGGUAAAGGUGCGACAGGAAGACCUAGCUGUUUAA